CCGAGCGCGCUGGGCCCAGAUAGUUGGUCGCGGGUCUCCUCCCGAACCGCGACUAAAGACCCCUUUGGUCGCGGUUCGAUUAUUUUGGGGACUAAUGGGGGCGUAUGGAAGCCUCUUUUUCUACUAGUGGAGGAAGUUCUUCAGAACAAGCUCAUAAACAAGUAAAAUCACACUGCUAUCGAUGAGCAAUUUUACUUUUAUUAGUAUGAGUGCCUGUGAAGUUUAAUGCCUCUGGCCAAGAUCCAGUUCUACCGAGUUGUAAGUAGCAUUUACUUAUGUUUGAUAAAAUCUCCUAUGAGUAAAUGAAUUGGUCAAGUGUAGAACAAUUGUCUCGGAGCUUAAUUAGAUGUACACAUCGUCCUCUGCUUUUCAAACAAAUUUGAUCAUAAGCUUUUAUACAAACAAGAUGGGUCCCAAAUGCUAUUUACCGUAUAUAGAGAUAUAUAGCACGGGAAUCGCCCACAAAGCGACAACCGACAUACAUGGACGGAGACACAUUUUUUGUGUUGGCUGUAUUGGUUUUCGGUAUUUUUUUGGUCUUUUCUGGUUUAUCCUCUUUUAGUAUUUUCAGUGUUUUCUUCUUACAUUUUUUGGGUUUUCCCUUUUCUAUUUCUUUGUCCUUAUUUUCUUCCCUUUUCCAGUUUCUUUCUAACUUUUAUAUAAUAGAAUAUAGCAUUUAUUGACAAAGGACAUGAAUCUUUUUAAAAAUACAUGAGCACGUUUUGAAAUUAUUUGAACAUUUUUUAAGGACAUGAACAAUUGUUUUAAAUUAGAAGAACAUCGUUUCCAAAUAGGCCCGUGGACAUUUAAGUCCCAUGUGGUCGACUGCUUGCUUUCUAUCGCUAUAAGCGGGGUAUACUCGGAAAAUGCCAACAGAGGCCGAGCUCCAGGGAGCUCGGUAUUUUGAAAAAAAAACAAUCAAAACUAAUCAUUUCAAGUUUCAAAAUAAUAAUUAAAUCGAAGGACAAUUAUACGAUUUUCGUACGCGCACGUGAAAAAAUCAUUUGAAUCUUUUGUGAUUUGUAGGCUGUACCAAAAAAAAUCUGGCCACAAAAAAGAUUGGCCCAUUUUAGAAAUACACUUUUGUCUUUUUUUUCUGUACGCUAUGUGUGAAAGUAUAUGGUUAUGAAUUUUUGCACAUACGCAAUACAGAUGUGUGAGAUUGUAUACAAAAAAUUUCAAAUUUUGUCAUGCUGUUGAAAUUCGUAUUUUCAAAACGAGUUCCGUGGAGUUCGGCCUCCAAAAGCCCUCACUCGGAUAUAUUCUCUUUUGUUGAAGGGGUAAGGUGCAAACCCUUCUCAACUCUCACGACGUCAAAUUGUAACAUGCAUUUUUUUUUGUUGAGAAACUUGUAACAUGCAUUGGUGUGUUGUCCUGGGCCUGACUAAAGAAGCUCGAGAGACGACCACGAGGUGGAGGCUGAGUGCUCCAUGAUGGGUUUCUCUUUUCUUUUUCUUUCCCCUCUUUUCUUCCCUUUUCUAUUUCUUUUCUCUAUAUAUUUUUUAUGUGAAAGAAGUAUACACAGUUAUCAAGAAAUGCAUAGAUAUUUUUGUAAAUACAUGAACACGUUUCUAAAUUACAUGAACAUUUUUUAAGGACAUGAACACUUGUUAAAAUUAUAAGAACAUAUUUUUCUAACUGCUCAAAAUCUUUUAUUUACAUGAUGCGUGAACACAUUUUAGAAGUAGAUGUUGUUUUCUUCUGAAAAAGGCAUGAACAAAUUUGAAAAUUAUAUUAAUACAUUUUAAUAUACAUGAACAUUGUUUCAAUUGCGUUAAUUAUUAUUUUAAAUAUUAACAUUUUUAAAAGGAAAAUAUGUUUUUAUGUGUAUAGAUUUUUAUAACAAACGGAUAUUUUUACUCCUUUUUUUAUUAUGGAUUGGAUUAUAAUAUUAUUUUUUUGAUAAUCGGAUUGGAUUAUAAUUUAUAUUUCUGGCGGUGGCGUCUCCUUUCCCGAGAUCGGCGGUGGUAAGCCUCUGAUCGACCGUUGAUGGCCUUGAGGAUGCGUCCCCCGCCGACGCUGUACUACGCGAGGUCCAGCAGGAGUCGCUCCGCGUCGUCCUCGUUGAACUCGGCGACGGCGAGCCUCGGGCAAGCGGCUCGAGGAUGCGUUAUUUGAUUCGUUUUGGUUCUUGUCUCGUGGUGCCAUGGGAGGAGGAAAUCAUGGGUAUUUGUGAGGAGGAAAUCGUAGGGGCGCCCAUGGCUUCAUGUUGGAGUAGGUCUCGUAUGAAGAUCCGAUCCAAAAUGGACAAACAUUUUUGUCCACUUAUUUACUGGAUUGCGGGUUGAUUAUUUAAUACUAUAGGGGGCCUUUUUAUAAAAUGGACACGACGGUGAACCCGACGGAAACAAUGCGUGCUUUAUUAGUAGGUAAAGAAAAGAUAAAGAUUGGUUUAUAUUUUUUUUCUAAGAAUCGGAUUGGAUUAUAAUUUAUAUUUUUAAUACAUUUCCAAGAAAGCAAAAAAUAUAUCUAUGUGAACGGGCCACAGUGGCCGCAACCCAUUUGAGUCAUGAGUGGUCGACUGUGGCGAGGAUGGUGCGACAUCAACGUCGGCCAUGGGUUGAGGGAGAUGACGAUUUUGCCAGUGCCGGUCGACGGAUCAUCGAGGUGGAUGGCGGCAAUGAUGAGGGUAGACGGGGAUGCCGGGGUGGGACGAGAUGUUGUUUCCUCGACUAUUUGACACAGUGAGCUAAAAAAACAUUUUGUUGAGAAGUGAGCAAAGUUGGAGAUGAACAAGGAAACCUUUGGUCGUGGGCCAGGAAACGUGAUAACCUCUGGCCCAACGGUUGAUGGGCCGCAACGACGGAUCCUAUCCAUUCUCAUCCUUUCCAGCCGCCUCCACGGUUCUCCGGCCACCGCCGCCGACGAUGACGCCGGCCGCCGCCCACUACUUCCGCAGCCCCGUCCACUCCCAACGUCAGCAAGCAUGCGCCGGUUUCCACAACGCAGCAGCAGAAGCAACCGCAGCCGGCAGGGAGCUGAUCCCGGCCGUCGCCCUCCACAUCGGUGACUGAAUCGGCGGUCAGGCAGCAGCAGUCCGCCAUCACGUUCACCCCAACCGCAGCAAGCAGCAGCAGCCGCGAUUCAAUUCCUCUCACGGUCUGGGAUCAAGAGAUGAGCUCACGGAUGGAUCACAUUCACUCUGUGCCGGAGAGCAAAGCUUCCUCAGCCACAUGCCCUCUGGUAGAUAUCGGUACUAAGUGGGAAAGAAUCAAUUCAGUGAGGUCUGACUAUGAGAGUGGAGAUUAAUGGACGUAACGUCCGAGCGAGUCUUUUCUGCCAUCACCCUCCAAAUCGGUGACUGAAUCAGUGGUCAGGCAGCAGCAGCCGCGCGUCGAUUCCUCUCUCACGGUCCAAGACCAAUAGAUGCUGGAAAGGAAAAGCUCCGUCAGGCACAUCGCCUCUGUUAGCAACGGAAUAUGCCAAAUAUGGGAGUUGCAAAGCAAAAGCUCCGUCAUCAGGCACAUCUACUAACUGCCAAGAGGAGAUUCACUAACUCACAGAUGCAGAGAAAUAUGGGAGACCGAAUAAGUUUUUGCAGCAGAUCAUGUCCAGGGAGGAGAUGAUGGGUGCACACCUUUCUCGUGUGGACAUCUCCGAGACAUAUUGCCUCCUUUCCGUCGGCAAGGUGAUCCUCUUGAGUGCGGUAUUGAAGCAUAUGAGCUGGGUUGUACCAGUAGCAAGGCUACAAUUCACAUCAGCACAGGAACAUACUAUGUGACUGCCAUCAACUACACCGGUUCCUACUUCUGGGUCAUGGAUCCCAACUUCAAUACCAGUAGCAGCUGCCCACUUCCAUUGUGGAAUCAUGUUCCUUACUUUGGAUAUUACGGCGGCACUGAUUCAGUUUCACCACCUGGCUUUCGUUAUUUGAUCACUCAAAGCUACUACAGAGCAUGUUUUGCUAAUUGUUCACGACCAGUAACAGAUAAUAGUGCGUACAAGCCUGUUGCUUGCCUGAGUGCCAACAAUUCACAUGUUUAUGUCUGGGUGCCUACUACAGAUAAUUGUGCGGUUGACCUUCUUGAACCUUAUUGUGGAUACCUGGCCAAUAUUCCAUUUGGUAACGAGUUUGUUCCUGAUUGGCGCAUACACAAUGCAAGUUAUGCAGAUAUCACACAAGUCGUAAGUAAGGGGUUUACUGUCCAAUUUCCUGUGGACACCAUGGGGCCUUCUGUCUCUGUGAAGUUAAGAAAGAACAUCAAUAUAUGCCUCAACAAUUCAAUCAGCUACUUCAAGGAGCAAUCAUCUGGUGCAAGCAUCGUGAAUUGGACUCAUGUUUUCUUCUGGAGUGAAGUGCACUUCUUAGAAUGUGUGGCUCAGUACUCCAACGAUCACUACUACACAACACCGUUUCUUUUGGUUGUUGUGACCAUAUUAUCUGUGAUUGCUAUUCCCAAGUUCUUUUUCGUACUGUGCAGGUUCUUGUUGGCACCCCUGGCUGUGUGGAUAUUCCUAGCCUACAAGUACUUGAAAACAAGGAUCAUAAUUGAUGCAGUCGAGAAGUUCCUCAGGAUUCAACAAGUGAUUGGCCCUACGAGGUAUGCCUACACAAACAUCGUUGCAGUCACAAGCCAUUUCAGAGAUAAAUUGGGCCAAGGGGGCUACGGCUCCGUGUACAAGGGUGUGCUACUUCCAGGGGAUAUUCAUGUCGCCGUCAAGAUGCUAGAGGGCAACUCAAACUGCAAUGGAGAAGAUUUCAUCAGCGAGGUCUCCACCAUCGGCAGGAUCCACCACGUCAAUGUGGUGCGUUUAGUGGGGUUCUGCUCGGAGGAAAUGAGAAGGGCCUUAGUCUACGAGUACAUGCCCAAUGGUUCUCUGGACAAGUACAUCUUCUCUACCGAGAAGAGCUUCUCAUGGGACAAGCUCAACGACAUCGCUUUGGGCAUUGCCAGGGGGAUCAACUACUUACAUCAGGGGUGUGACAUGCAGAUUCUACACUUUGACAUCAAGCCGCACAACAUCCUUCUCGAUAGCAAUUUCGUCCCAAAGGUCGCCGAUUUCGGGCUUGCCAAACUGUACCCGAGGGGAGACAGUUUCGUGCCACUGAGCGCCAUGCGGGGGACUGUCGGCUACAUAGCCCCGGAGAUGAUAUCCCGGAGCUUUGGUGUCAUAUCUAGCAAAUCUGACGUCUACAGCUUCGGGAUGCUGCUGUUGGAGAUGGCUGGCGGGAGAAGGAACGCUGAUCCAAACAUGGGGUCCUCAAGCCAGGCGUACUACCCGUCAUGGGUGUACGCCAAGCUGACCCGGGAAGAAGCGGGCGAGGAGAUAUCACCUGUUGCUGCCGACAUGCACGAACUGGAGAAGAAGCUGUGUGUUGUCGGAUUAUGGUGUAUUCAGAUGAGGUCUUGCGAUCGGCCAACAAUGGGCGAGGUCAUUGAGAUUCUGGAGGCUGGGACCGACAGCCUGCAGAUGCCUUCAAGACCAUUUUUCUGCGACGAAGGGCACAUCCAUGUGGAGGACUCUUAUCAUUUCACUUCCGAGCUGACAGUGGUGUCAGAGGAGGAAUCGACUGCGGUGUCAGAGGAAGACAAUGUGUGAGGUAUAUAUAUACGAUGUGUGAUAUAUUUUGUGCAUGUAAUCUGCACUUAUAUGUAUGUGUUCACAGAGUGAUGCACUUAGCUAAUAAAAGUGACGCAGUUUUGUAACAGUAUAAAUCUUUUGUGCAAACUGUCAUCCUUGUUCCGCACUUCAUUAUUGGAGAAACAGGGCAACUUCAAACUAGUUUGAAAAAACAGGGCAACUUCAAAUUAGUUUGAAAUCUUACAUC